UGUCCAAUAUCUUUGUCAAAGAUUUUUGAUAGUGUAAUAGGGAUCUUUGACAAAUGUCGUCCAAUAUUUGAUCAAAUCUAGGCCGAGGCCGUAUAUUUGAUCAAAGAAAUCGCUUGUCUUCUGUUCACUGCAAUGCGAUAUGUUACCACGCCGAGCGCCAGCAUCGCUGGAGCGUUCUGUCAUCUUUUGUGUUUGUAAACAUGGCUGCUAAAUACAAUUGGUGUGUGGCGUCUACCACAAAAUUAAUUGAAUUGUACGAAGCGGAUGAGGCGCUUUACAAUGUGAGGCACCCUGAAUAUAAAAAUAGGUUAAGAAGAUUGGAAAGUUAUAAAAAUAUUGCAGAGAUAAUCAGCCGAGACAUACGGCCAGGAUGUACGGCCGAAGACAUAAAGAGGAAGAUAAAUGGCCUCCGUACUAGCUACUCGUACGAAAAAGCGAAAAUGAAUAAAAGCAAAAGUGGAGCCAGUGCGCAGGCGGUGUACACACCACAAGUGUACUGGUUUCAAAUGCUGAAAUUUCUAGACCAGUCUACAGAGGCCGACGAAAGUAUGUGCAAUUUGGAGAGCACGGAUAGUGAAGCUGGUAGUGAACGUGCGACACCGACACCGACGUUUGAGGAUAUGUUAGCGCAAGACAUGCAAGAGCCUGUCGCAUGUAGCGAGGCACAGCCACAGCCCCUGCGUCAAGAGCGGCCUCCAACCAAAAGGAGGAAAGUCACGCCAGACGUGGCAACUAACGUCAUGCAGGAGGCCAGCAGGACACUUCAGGCUAUGGCUGAUGCUGCCAGAAUCAUGCCUGUCCAUGAUGACCGCUAUAGUACCCUUGGCGCCCACAUCGCAGCAGAUCUGCGUGAAAUGGAAAGAGUGGGCGGCAGGGAAUACACCACUGCCACUAUGCACAGUCUGCAGCGGACAUUAAUGGACAGGUGGGAUUUGCUGCAUGCGACAGUCCGUGCACAACCGUCCACCUCUGGAUAUAUCCAGGUUGCCUUGCAGCAGGCUGGAAUACAGGAUGAAGAUUCCCUUCCAUAAAUAUAUAUGUGUCUAUAAAUUUUGUAUCUCUCCAAUCUUCUUAAUCUAUUUUUAUAAUCAGGGUGCCUCACAUUGUAAAGUGUCUCAUCCGCUUCAUACAUUUCAAUUAAUUUUGUGGUAUCACACAUCUCAUU